AUGCCGGCGGCAACCUCAGAGCCGCCGGUCAAGCUUUCGCUUCCUCUGCAAUUUCAGCAGGAGAUCUAUCAGCUCCUUCGCACCGAGGAUGUUCUUGUCAUCCUAGCUCGGGGGCUGGGUCUUUUGAAGAUCGUCACGAACCUGCUUCAUUCUUAUGAUGCGGCCGGCAACUCCCUCGUUAUAGUUGUCGGGGCAGAGGAUCGUGAAAACGAAUGGAUCGGCGAAGCCCUCGCCGAACACUACGCCGUGUCUCGGAGUCCCCUGGCGAAAGGUCUUCGUGUUAUAAACACGGACAAAGCCACCGUCGCAGCGAGGGAGAAAAUCUACGCUGAUGGAGGAAUUGUCUCUCUCACCAGUCGGAUUCUCGUCGUGGAUCUUCUGUCCAAAUUGCUGGAUCCAGAAACUGUGACAGGCUUGGUAAUCCUCCAUGCCGAGCGCGUUGUCGCAACCAGUACCGAAGCAUUCAUCGUACGAUGCUUUAGGCAACAUAACAAGAUUGGAUUUCUCAAAGCGUUCAGUGACUCUCCCGAACCUCUGACUUCAUCAUAUGCACCUCUAGCAAGCAUGAUGCGAAAUCUGUUUCUGAGGAAGCCUUCACUAUGGCCAAGGUUCCAUGUCUCAAUCGCGCAGAGCCUCGAAGGCAAGAAGAAGGCUGAAGUUAUUGAGCUCGAGAUCGAGAUGACAGCUUCGAUGAAAGCGAUCCAACAAGCUGUCAUGGAAUGCGUUGAAACGAGUAUUUCGGAAUUGAAGAAGGCCAACUCGGGGCUUGAGAUGGAUGAUUGGACGCUGGAUUCUGCUCUUCACCAAAACUUUGAUGCCAUAGUCCGCAGACAGCUCGACCCGGUGUGGCAUCGAGUCAGCUGGCGAACGAAACAGAUUGCGAACGACCUUACGGUUCUUCGGACGAUUCUACACUCUCUUCUCAGCUACGACUGUGUUUCGCUGCUAAAGUACCUGGAUACCGUCCUUGCAACGCAUUCACCUCCCCCCAACUCUAAACAGCAAGACCAAUCACCGUGGCUAUUUAUGGAUGCUGCUGCCAUCAUUUUUAACUCCGCAAGAGACCGAGUCUAUACGGGCAAAGUCGAAGAUAGUGGCAUUCUACCCACUUCAAAGUUACCAGAUUCCCUGACUCCGGUCCUUGAAGAGCAACCGAAGUGGGCUGUGCUCGCAGAAAUCUUGCAGGAGAUUGAGACUGAUGCUUACUUGAAUCCAACGCGGAGUGACUCGAAUGACACGGUGUUGGUGAUGUGUAACGAUCAAGGAACUUGUCGUCAGAUCCGAGACUAUCUCCAGAGCAUGCACGUGAAACCUCUGUCUCGAGAGCAUGAUAGCGGCCAAGCUCCUCAUGAGGUCGAGGAGGAAGAAGCCAAGGGCUCCGCAGAAUUCAUGCUGAGGCGCAAACUUCGAGAAUAUCUCGGGUGGAGAAAGACAUUUGCCCAAGUUAGCGCGUCUCUGUUUGAGGAGAACCAGAAGUCUCUGAACGAAAUCAAGGGAAAUAACGCCACGGCUGCUCGACUCGGUAGCAAAGCACCUGCCAACAAACGCAGGCGUGUGCGUGGUGGAGGAGCUUCGGGCCUGAAUCCAUCACGCACUGCCAAUGGCGCAGUGGCUAUAAUCGAGGACAAAGCAGCGCAAGUGGCUGGUCUACUGGCAGAACUACGCCCGACGGAGGCUGAAGCCCUCCAAAAGGACGACGUCGUGAUUGAUGAUCUCAACGAUGCCGGAGAAGACUUCUUCGAACUGUACAGCUCCGAGGACCAGGUGGUGGUUCAUCCGUACGACGGCGACCAGGAUGACCAGCUCCUUGAAGAGGUUCGGCCGAAAUACAUCGUCAUGUAUUCUCCAUCGGCGGACUUCAUCCGGAGAGUUGAAGUUUAUCGAUCAAGCCACUCGGACCGCGGUGUACGAGUCUACUUUCUUUACUAUGGUAGCAGCGUUGAAGAGCAGCGGUAUCUUUCUGCAGUUCGCCGGGAGAAAGAUGCUUUUACGAGACUAAUCAAGGAGCGAGGUAGCAUGGCAGUCACACUCACGGACGCUGGACAUAUUGACCCCGAAGAAGCCUUUUUGCGGACGGUCAACACUCGAAUCGCUGGAGGAGGAAGACUUGCAGCCACCACUGCUCCUCCGAGAGUGGUGGUGGACGUUCGAGAAUUCCGCUCAUCCCUCCCAAGUCUUCUGCACGGCCGAAGCAUGCAAAUUGUCCCCUGUCAACUGACAGUCGGCGAUUAUGUCCUGUCACCGGAUAUCUGCGUGGAGCGAAAGUCGAUACGCGACCUGAUUGCUUCUUUCAAGAAUGGACGACUGUUCAACCAAGCAGAGACAAUGCUCCAGUAUUACAAGUACCCUUUCCUGCUCAUCGAAUUUGACCAAGGCAGAUCUUUCACCCUGGAUCCGUUUGCAGAUUUGACCUCGGUGCUCAAGACGCCAGACGCGGAGACGCGGGAUUUGCAAACCAAGUUAGUUCUUCUCACGCUUGCUUUUCCGAGGCUGAAGGUCAUCUGGGCGUCCUCACCCUACCAGACGGCGGAGAUUUUCGAAGAACUGAAGAAGCAGCAAGAAGAGCCGGACCCAUUGCGGGCAGUGCAGAUCGGCUUAGACGAGAAUGAGGAUCCGGAAGAGAGAACAUUCAACACUGGACCGCAAGACCUCCUACGGACGAUCCCUGGAGUGACGGCAAAGAACGCCAGUCGCCUGUAUCUCGAGGCUAAAAACGUGCUGGAAGUUGCCAACAUGAGCCUUGAGGAACUAGAUCCGCUUGUUGGUAAAGAAUCCGGGCGGCAAAUAGCCAGGUUCUUCACUCGCAGGGUUGAUGACGAAGAAGACCCGUCACCGUAA